GCGCUCUCAUCAAUCUUCGCUCUGCACCUGUUUGAGUGGAUAUGCUCUGCGUGGACUGUCACUCAGAGGACAAAAUGAUCAGAGGCUCAUUUCAUUCUUUCUGAUUGGUGCGGGAUUUUUUUUUUUUUUUUUUUUUUUAACUCCUGGAUAUCAGUUAGAAAAACACAGGCUGCAGUAUUUUAAAGCUGACGAGAGUUUGGGCAAAAAGUGCAACUCGAAUAAAUGCAGUCUGCUCCGCUGCUGGUCCCUCAGAAACAAACCAAACAGCUGGUUGACAUUUUUUAGCAUGGAAGAAGAUGACCGCGGCGCUGGAAAUAAAGAAGGAAUAAUUCAACAUUAACUCAAUCAUCAGAGGAUCGAUCCCCGCCGCUGACUGUGUGCACUUUAAGUGGAUAAACUGGUUCCCGCUGCGAACAUUGAUUCGAGGAUUUGACCGUUAACCUUCAGACGUUUAACACUUCCAACGCACCAGCCUGGAAUGUGAGCAGCUCUGGUUCCUGCUGCAAUCAGAAGCUACAGAGGAGAUAGCAGCACACCAGAGACCUUCUCCACAGACGGAGGAGCGUUGUAGAUGACCGCUUAGGCUGCUGACAUCAUCACGUACAAUACAAGAGAAGAUGCCAUUUCACCAUGUGACGGCAGGCCUGCUCUACAAGGGGAACUACCUGAGCCGCUCGCUGUCCGACAGCGACAGUGACGUGCUGGCCAGCAUAUCUGUCGAGGAGCUUGAUGAGAUUCGGGAAGCGUUUAAGGUGCUGGAUCGUGAUGGAAACGGGUUCAUUUCCAAGCAGGAGCUGGGAAUGGCCAUGCGGUCUCUGGGGUACAUGCCCAGUGAGGUGGAGCUGGCCAUCAUCAUGCAGAGACUAGACAUGGAUGGUGAUGGACAGGUGGAUUUCGAGGAAUUCAUGACAAUUCUUGGUCCCAAGCUUCUGUCGUCGGAAACGAGAGAAGGCUUUCUGGGCAACACAAUAGAUACCAUCUUCUGGCAGUUUGACAUGCAGAGGAUCACCCUUGAGGAGCUGAAACACAUCCUGUUCUACGCUUUCCGCGAUCACCUUACCAUGAAGGACAUUGAGAACAUCAUCAUCAAUGAGGAAGAGAGCCUAAAGGAAAACUCUGGGAACUGUCAGACGGAGUUUGAGGGAGUCCACCCCUCAAAGAAGAACCGUCAGACGUGCGUGAGGAAGAGUCUCAUCUGCGCUUUCGCCAUGGCCUUCAUCAUCAGCGUCAUGCUCAUCGCUGCCAAUCAGAUGCUGAGAAAUGGCAUGGAGUAGUUGUGGCCACUGGGAGCUGGGAACGAACCAGCCUGCAUGUGCUUGCUGGUGGGUGAAGCCAUGUUUCUGUAGAAACAGAACUACCAGGCAUAACAAUUCAAAUCAUUGUCGAGGAAUUUCCUUUUUAAAACGUAGUUUUGUUUUUCAUUUUAAUGAGGGGCACAUCUCCACCUGACACCCCAGAAAACCAUGAUGCCAGCAAGAGGAGCCAUGCAGGACCUCCUUCCCCUUUAUUCCGACUUUAAAGGGCUGACAUUACAUCAAACACUGUUGUCUCUGUUUCCCUGAUGCAAUAAUUUAAACAAAAUAUUAAAAAAAAUAGUGUUGGAGUUAAGAGCUGCUUGCUUUUCCAUCAAGCAAGAAGUAAUGUGAGUCUGGCACCCACCAGGAGGUUGAUGAACUACAAAGGCUGUAGGAGUCAACAAGAGGAAGGAAACAUCUGGUCUCUUAUUACAGAUACUGGAGGGAAGAUGGCAGAGCUGGACACCACUGAAGCACAUGAAUAUGGCUCCUGGGGCACCCACUGGGCUGUGAUACUUCAGCUCUCUGAUUAACUGCUGACUCUGUGGGCUGACGUUAGGAAAUUAUACAGCCAAGAACUCGAAGCUUGUGCGAUAUUUCUGAAUGAGAACUGAUCCUUCCCUCCUCCUGGAUCCUGUUCUGAUGAACCCUGUGCAGAAUCCAGAUUUCUCUGUGCUGUUAAAAUGAGAAAAAUCCAUCUCUAAUGCUUUCUGUGCUUUCAUAAUCCAUCUGUUUGUGGUGACCAGUACACCCCAGGAAAUUGUAUUAAAUGUGUUUUGGUGUUUUGCUUGGAUACUUGACUUCCUCAACCUCCGGAGAGUUGAUCUAAAGCCAUCGAUUUUCAUGAUUUAAUUGCAUAAUGUUUUGCAUAAAGCUGUAAUGCAUUGUGGGGACAAGAAACAGAGUUUAAAAGUCAUGCUCCCUAUGGGUGGUGGUGCAGAGGCACUUGUCCUCGAUGCAGCCAUCGCGGGUUCAACCUACGUUCCAGGCGACUUUUGCUGCAUGUCUUCCCCCUCUCUCCACCCCUUUCCUGUCUGCUUACUAUUGAAACAAUGAGAAAAAUAAAGGCCAUUUGUGCUGCAAAAAACAUUAAAAUGCUAUUCAUGCUGCCAAAUUUAGAUUAUUUGUAAUCAAGAGGAAUCCUAUAACAUAACACUUGUUUCAAGACGUUUCUGCUCCUAAACUCAGCUGUGCUUUAGAAAGAGUAGCAAAUCCUCAGAAGGGAAGAUUUGAGGAGGUAUGAACUGUUAAAAGCUGUAUUUGCUUUAGUUUCUGUUUUCUUCUAAUUACAAAUAAUCAAUCUACAGGUCUUUUGUUGUAUUGCCAAGAAUUUCUCAUUGCAUCAAGCUGAAAUUCUCUCAGCAUCUUUCAUCGGGUAAUAUAAACUGCCCACUGUAAUGAAAUUACAGUAAUUCUUAUUUUUAUCAUGUUCAAAAGUAAAGUAAAAUACCUUUCUUACAGUUUUUUGUUUUGCCUUUCAACAUUUGCAUCCCCUUUUUCUGUCCAAAUAAUUACAUACUAACUUCAAAAAUUAAAAUAGCUGCAGGUUGUAGUUAGAUCACAACUUUUUAUGCAAAUGUAAAAGUGUAUCACAGAGCAUAACUGCCUAGGUGUGCAUAACCUGAUUCUUAGUAACAGUGAGAGUUAAAAAAGGUGCACCCUCUAUCAGUUGUGGGAUUUUAAGCACGCCAUAAAUUCCAUUAUGUUUUUAUCUAUUACAUAAAAAGAAAGCAGAAAUGGAAAAGAGUGUUAAAACUAAGCACACUCCAAUUGAAAGUAGAUACAUUUGUUUGUUGUUUUUUUUUUUAUCUGGAAAGUUUUACAGUCAUGCCAAAAACUAAAUACACCCCAUGAGACAAUAGCUGGUAGACCUUGGAGCAGUUUCUAUGGGAUUUCAUCUGUCUCUUGCAUCGUCAUGGAGGAAUUUUGGACCGUUCUUUACAACAAGGCUUCAGUUCAUUAACAUUUGCAGGCAUUUGUUCCUACAAAUCUCUCCUAAAGUCCCACUGCAGCAAUUCAUUCAGGUUUAGGCUUGGACUUUGACUAGGCCAUUGCAACAUAUUGAUUCUGUGUUUGUGCGGGGUCAUUGUCCUGUUGAUGACCUGCUUGGAUGAAGCUUCAGCUGUCAGACAGAUGACCUGCAUUAGAACACAGAGGAGUUCAUGGUAGACCCAGUAACUGUCAGGAGCACAGGACUUGUGGCUGCAAAACAAGCCCAAAUCAUCACACCUCUGCCACUGUGCUUGGUAGCUGAUAUGAGAUGUUUGUCUUGACAUGCUCUGUUUUGGUAUGGAGAUUUUGACAUCUCUACUCUGUCGUCAUCUCUCCAGAGGUCAUUGUUCCAGACGUCUUUUGGUUUAGUUGGAUGCAUUUCAUGUCUUUUUAAGAAGAAGAACCUUUUUUGUUCAAACCUUCCAAACAAGACCUGUUUGUUCCCAACUGUCCUGUCAUGAAUUUAAUGUUCAACAUGCCAACUGAGGCCUGUAGACAAAGCUCUCAGGUUUUUUAUAAUUUCUCCGAAUAUUACACAGUCCGACCUUAAGGUGAACCUUGCUGACACAUCCACUCCUGGGAAUAUUAGUAGCUGUCAUAAAUGUUUUCCACUUGUGCAUAAUUUUUCUCUAUAUAGAAUAAUGGACUUCAGAUUAAUUAAAUCAGUGCAUUUGGUUAAAAUCCUGUGGAAGCUAUGGGGGUUCACUUAGUUUUUCUCAUGACUGUAUGUAUUGAUUUGAAACCUGAAAUCUUUUUCUGCGUGCACAGGCUGCAGAUCAAGGUAUCUAGUCUCUUUUGUGAUGCUCCAGCAUUAAAAAAAUAACCCCUGGGGUGUACUAGCUCGCCGUAGCAUUCAAUGACUGUUCUGUAAACUGGGCUCUGAACACCUGUACUGCCUCAUUUAAGCAUAACCCCCCACUCCCGUAAAUGCAUGUGAUCGAGUCUGUGUCUAAUGUAAAGUCUGCAACCCUCGUCAGAAGUGUCUCGCGUGUGUGGUUAGAUGUUUCUGUAUGUGUGCAUGACUGUCUAUGCUCUCUGAGGAGGUCAGAGUUCAGUGAGGACGUUCAGCAGACACAACGUUUUGGUCUGGUCACAAACAUGAAAGAUUCAGAUUGUAAAAGUCCAGUCUGUUUCCUCUGAACCCCCAAUCCAAAGCCAUAGAACUCUGCAGAGAUGAACCGGACAACAAAAUGUAGUCUCUGUCCUGGUUUUCAUAUGGAAAUGCAAGAUCUGAUGGGCAUUUUUUGGUAGGAAUAUGUGUAUUUGAUUGAGUUUUUCUUGUUUUCGCACUGCACCUGUUAUCCAUUCCAAUGGAAAGAGAAAUGGGGCUGUUAGUUUGUGCAACACUGCCAUCUAGAGGCGAAGUAGGCUCAGAUUUGACACUGUGUUCUCUUCAUAGUAAUUUAUGUAUUUUCCACUUUUUCAACGCAUGCAUCACAGCUGUCAGGAAAGUGUCAAUGCUAAAUGUUAAAUGUCAUGUAUAAUGUAAAGGUUGAUCACAUCUCUACCAACAGUGCAGGUAGAGAAGAGCUUUUAUGUGGAUACAUAUUUAAACACGAUAUUUAUUGGUAUAGAUUUCUUGCCUAUGGCAGACAAAUCCAUUUUGAACCUGUGAAAGGUUUAAUUUAUCUAGCUUUGGGACUGAGGGAGCACCAAUGUAGUCUCAAAAAUCUCCAAAUGUGUUGUACAAAUAUUUUAUUUAUGAACAUUUGAUUUUAUUACAUUUGGUUUGGAGAAUUAGAUUUAUCACAGUUUGCUGUAAUCAGAAUGUCCCUGACUGCAGAAUGAUUGCAUGCCCCCAUCACAGUAGCAUGAUGGAUAGUUACCACUUCUUAAUUCUGUUAUCUAAUUUUGUACAUAUUUAACUAGACAAAAUUAUAUAAGCACACCCUGUACUUACUGCACGUGCAAUAUUUAGACAUAGACUAGAGGACAACUUUCCUUCAUACUAUUUAUUAGAGGCAUAAUUAUAAUCUUGUAAAUAUGGAAAUCUGUAUAAACUCUAAACAAUUAAUUGUUGCAAUAAAAAUCUUUUUUUAA